GGUCGAGGAGUGAGUGAGGGGGACGCGGCCAGCCAGAGCGGUGUCAGGCAGGCCAGGACCAGCACACCAGACAGUGUAGUGUGUCCACCACCACACAGACACACACGUGUGCUACACUCUGUCACGGUACACCCACACAACUCACCUCACCUCCUCAUUCACCAACCCACAUCCUACAUACAGUACCCGGUCCUCUACAACCCUCACAACACCUGCAGUAUAUUGUAACUGUGUCGGCGAUAAUCCACAACAGACCUUUAAACCUAUAGGGGGUUGUUGUGUUGUGGAGGAUGAGAGUUACCUGGUGCAUGACGGAACAUAGAGCUACCUGAGGCAACAUUGUCUCCCCAGAUAAGAGACCUGUGUUGCAGCAUACUGGUAACUCGUGGUGCCAGUGUGCCGCUCGUCUCGUGGUUCAAGUGUUAAUCACGUGUAUGAAUCCAAGAAAUAUUAUAAAAUAAACUCGCCAGAAAAAAUUAUAACGCCUGAAGUUGACAGUGAAGGUGAGAGUGAGGACAGUACAACACAGUGGUCAGAGUAGCGAGGUUGUCUGAGGAAUCCCUAACAUAACGAUGAACACUACAGCAGCAGCCCUGGUGUAUGGGGCGGGCGCCACCAACGAGAGCAUCAACAGCUUGGGUGAAGGUGUGGACGGCUCCAACAACUCGGCAGCCCCUAUCAUCCACUACCCUCGGUCAGCCACCAUCUUCGCGGCCGUCGCCAGCGUCAUCUUCAUCAUCGUGGGCCUCGUGGGUAACCUCGUCACCAUUAUCGCGUUGAGUCGGAGUGUGAAGUUGAGGAUCCACGCCACCACCGCCUUCGUCAUCAGCCUGUGUGUGUCCGACCUCCUCUUCUGCUCCAUCAACCUUCCUCUUACAACCUCCAGGUACAUCCAUGAGUCCUGGGUGCUGGGAGAAACACUGUGUCGGGUCUUCCCCUUCUUCUUCUAUGGCAACGUGGGCGCCUCCCUCCUCAACAUGGUGGCCAUCACUCUCAACAGGUACAUAUUGAUCGCCCACCACGGCCUCUACGACCGCGUGUACCGCCGCCAAUACAUCUACCUCAUGAUCGCCAUCGUGUGGGCCUUUUCCUUCGGGGUGAUGGUGCCGCCCCUGGUGGAGGUGUGGGGCCGCCUGGGGCUGGACCCUCCCACGUUCUCCUGCACCAUCCUCAAGAAGGAGGACUCAUCACCCAAGAAGUUCCUCUUCCUUUUCGCCUUCCUCUUGCCCAUGGUUGCCAUCAUCGGCUGCUACUCCGCCAUCUACUACAAGGUGCGACAGUCCCGGCGUAACCUGGUGGCUCACAGCAAUAAGGGUGGCUCACCGUCCACCUUCAACGCCCAGGUGACUCGUAAGGAGGACCUCCGCCUCACCAGGAUGAUGCUCACCAUCUUCCUCUGCUUCCUCGCCUCCUUCCUCCCCCUCAUGAUCGUCAACGUCGCCGACGAUGAUGUGCGCGUGCCUUCUCUGCACGUGCUGGCUUCCGUGCUGGCCUGGGCCUCGGCCGUCGUCAACCCCUUCGUGUACGCCGUCACCAACCGCCAGUACCGCUCCGCCUACCGCAAGUUAUUUUGUUGCUUGCGGAGUAAGCCAGGCCGCAGCUCCAACUCCCACUCCAAGAGCAACUCCUCUCGAACAUUUGUCACCGAGUUCCAAUAUCACGCCUCAACGGGUCAGGUCACCAGCCCCGUCCUCUCUAACCCUUCACCUGACGCCUGAACCUAGGUCACCCACCAACACCACGCCCCCUCACCCGCCUGCCUCCCCCCAGACCCAACAAGCGGGAUCACCAGUACCCUCCUCCUCCAGCAAAUGCU